AUGGGCAAAGAGCGAGCCCCGGUUUUGGCCAUGCUUGACGAGAGGCACCCUCCCCUUCCUACGAAACGUGCGCAAAGCUGCUACACCCUUGGGCGAAUCGUACAGCAUAACGUUGUGAUCACUACUCUGCCAGAAAUCGGGACCAACAGAGCUGCACACAUGGCCACGCAGUUGAUGAACGACUUUCCGUCGCUGAGGUUUGGCUUACUGGUGGGCAUAGGAGGAGGGAUCCCCGACCGGGAAGGGAAAUUAGAUAUCCGACUGGGCGACGUUGUCGUGAGCACACCCACAGCGACGAACGGCGGCGUCAUACAAUACGACAUGGGCAAAUCCACUCAACAUGAUGGAUUCCACCGCACAGGCUCGUUGAAUAAGCCUCCUUCCGUCUUGCUGACGGCGGUGGAAAGCCUCAAAGCAGAAUACCUUUUGGGACGAAGUCCCAUGAAUGAUUAUUUGUCGAAGAUCGGCGACGAAAUCUCAGAUUGCAGGUAUCCGGGCGCGCAACGAGAUCUCUUAUUCAAACCAACAUAUUCGCAUCAAAGCGUAGGGACAUGCAGACAAUGUGACCGUUCCAAGCUCGUGAGGCGCCAGACUCGACCAAACUCCAGGCACGUCAUUCACUACGGCACCAUUGGAUCCGGAAAUUCCGUGGUCAAAGAUGCCCGCGAGCGCGAAAGGCUACGAAGAGAUGGUAUUAUCUGUGUGGAAAUGGAGGCAGCAGGACUGAUGGACACAUUCCCUUGCCUUGUUAUUCGAGGCAUCUGUGACUACGCAGACUCGCACAAGAACAAAGUCUGGCAGCCUUAUGCAGCGGCAACAGCCGCAGCAUACAUGAAGGACUUGCUGAUGACUGUCCCUCCUCAAGGUGUUCGGGACGAGCUGAGGGUGAUUGAAGUUGUGGACGUCCGUCAGAUCACCGAGAUGAUUCACGCUGGGAAACAUUGGGAAAUGAUGGCCUGGCUUUCAAGGGUCAACUUCUGGGUCAAACAAGAAAGCAUCCUUCAACGGGCACAGGAAGGCACUGGACAAUGGAUCCUUCGACACCCCAAAUUCACAUCGUGGGUUGCGCGAGAGUGUGGAUUACUGUGGUGCCACGGAGAGCCAGGUGUGGGUAAGACAAUUCUCACGUCGAUCGUCAUCGAACAUUUGGCAAAAUCAAAGAAGGAGAAUGAGGCGCUUGCCUGGAUAUACGCCGACUAUCGCGAGCAUAGCAACUUGACUAUGGAGAACCUCUUAUCAAACAUCCUUGCUCAGCUCUUCCAGCAACAUGGCGAGUUAUCGCAAUCGAUGAUGAAGUCCCUUGGUGUCAAUUGGCAGGAAGCAAAGCCGACCUUGGUCCAGUAUCGAACCUGGCUUCAAGACGAGCGUCGGAGAUGUGGCCGGACCACGGUCAUCAUCGAUGCUCUGGAUGAGCUGCCAAACAGAGACCUCGGCGAGCGCUUCAUUGAUGAACUGCGACAACUUCGACCACCUAUACGUCUACUCGUUACCUCAAGGCCCUAUCCGGAGAUGCGGAAAUUCUUCCAUGGUGCAAGUGCCCUUGAGAUACAACCUCGGAAAGAGGACGUGAUCCUUUUUGUGAAGAGUCGGCUAGAGUCCAGCCUCAGCCUGAAGGGACAUAUUGACCAAAAUGCUUCGCUAUCAGACCUCCUGGUCGAAAAGUUAAGUCAGGCAAAUGAGAAAAUGUUUUUGAAAGCCCAACUGGUCCUCAACGUCCUUGAGAAUAUCAAGAAAGUAGAGGAUGUCGAAGCAGCCCUCACAUCUUUGCCACCUGAUUAUAAUGGGUGGUACGACUUCAGCCUCAAGCAGAUUGAGAUGCAGGCGCCCUCUCACAGGGACAAAGCGUUCAAGAUUUUGGCAUGGCUGUCUCAUGCCAUCGAUCCACUGAGUGUUGAAGCUUUGCAGCAAGGACUUUUGGUUCAGCCUGGGGACACCAAACUCGACAAUGACCUCCAGACGCCCGAGGAGGAGAUGAUCUCUGUCUGUCACGGCCUUGUGAUCUGUGAAAUCGAUAGAAUCGACAAUGUCCCAACUCGUUCCCUCAAACUGCUGCAUGAAACUGCUAGUGCAUAUCUCAAGAAAGUCCAAUCUGUCUACCUCCCGGCCGGUCAUGACAUGAUCCUGAGUGCUUGUUUAGCAUACAUGUCUUUGUCAGACUUCUCAAAUCUGCGGAUUCACCAAAUACAAGUUGAUGCAAGGGCCAGUGAAUUUUCAUUUUACAACUAUGCGACCAGGAAUUGGUCGAAGCACGCAAUCCAAGGCAAUCUUGAAGAUGCCUUCCGAGAACAAAUUGUCAAAUUCCUGGAGAGUUCUCAUCGUCAUAGUGCCGAUGAGAUGAUGAGCAGAUACUGGCGCAGUGCAUGGGGUUGCGAGUAUGCCAAUCGGUGGACAGACUGGGACAAACGCUUGAAUAAGAGAAGAGACUCUCCGGUUGAUGCUGCUGCUGCCAGGUAUGGAUUAAGCUGGACAGACUGGAACAGACACUCAAUUGAGAGAAGAGACUCUCCGGUUCAUGCUGCUGCUGGAUAUGGAUUGAGCAAGAGCCUUAGCUUCUUGUUGGACCACAAAGGCUACCAGAAAGACAUGAUCAACAACUUUGGGGAGACACCCCUGCACCGAGCAGCACAGCUUGGUGAAACCGGCUCUAUCGACGUCCUCCUGGCACAUGGAGCGGAUAUCGCAGCUAAAGUCAACCAUCAUUAUUUCAAUGAUGCCAGUUGCCUUAUAUUGGCGACUCAAUGCCAACAGGCCGAUGCAGCCCGUGUUUUCCUCAACCAUGGACUGGGCGUGAAUACAUAUGAUCCGAAAUACUUGACUUUCCCGUUGCAUCUUGCCGCCAGCACAAACACCGAAUUGACCCAGCUCUUCCUCGAUCAUGGUGCGAAAGUUGAUUUUCCGGGGAAGUCACCCGUGUUUCCUGAAACGUUUAUGACCAGUCUCCAUUUCGCCGUCUUCAAUGCACACGUCUUUCCAGAUGCUCUUGAGAGGGUCAGACUGCUUCUGGACAGGGGCGCCGACAUCAACAUGCAAUCAGUGGCGACUGGCAACACUCCUUUGCAUAUGGCGGCGUUGAUCGGACACAAAGAUUUGAUUGUCCUCCUCUUCCAGAAAGGCGCGAACAUGGAAGUGCGCAACAAAGCGGGAAAAUCUGCAGUUCGACUUAUUCGAGAAAAGGGCUUUUUCUCUUCCGAUCAAAGGGGUGUACCUAUCGAAUGUCUGGUUGUAUUGGAACAGGGAUCCAAUCUACACCGCGCGGCAUGGUCCCGACAUCACGAGGGGGUCCUUGAAUUGUUGGCACAGGGGAGCAAUUUGAAAGAAGAGGACCAAGAUGGAAGCACACUGUGGGACUAUUGCAUCGCUGGGGCGGAUAUGAUGCUGGCGGAGAAAUUGGUCAACUACAUGGACCAGUGCCAAUUACCCGACCGCAACGAAAUCGGCAACACUGCAUUCGAAGCGGCCCUCAAGUCCAUGACGGCAUUCGACUACACAGACGACAAGACUUGGGAGGUUGCUGUGGAAAUCGGCCGACUCCUCCUCAAGUACCGCGAGGAACUUGAUCACGACUUGGAAUUUGCCAGAAUCCGGAGUCCGAUCUCGGGAUAUAACAAAACGUAUCUCAUCUGGGCAGCGGAGCUGGGGAGGAUUUCUCAAGUCCGGUUUCUGCUGGACUGUGGAGCAGACGUCAAUGCCGCCGACGUGUUCGGAAGUACUGGAUUGCACUAUGCGACGAACAAUCAGAACUACGACAUAAUUCGCCUUUUGGUGGAAAACGGUGCCGACUUGCUGCUCAAAGAUCGACAAGGCCGCACUUCUCUGGAUGCCGCUGAGAGGACCAAUAAUCAGCUCAUAUAUAACGAACUGAAGCUGCAUCUCGCAAGUCAGUCGAGAUGA